UUAGUCGAGGCUUAUAAGAUUUAAAUUUAGCUGAGGCUUCCGAUACGAGUAGGAUAUCAAAUAACCCUCGAUUUUCUCAGCUUCUCCUACAUCUUUGUCGCGAUUCUCCGGCGAAAACUCUAGUUGAAUCUUGAUCAUCCAAGCAGCCGCUCGGCGAUCGGAAUCCUAAACUAUUCCGGAAGUUCAACGGUGAUCGCCAUUCUGGUGUAUGAUUUGGGCAAGAUGGCGGACAUGCCAGGUUAUUUCAGAACAUGCUUUCAGACAGGGAGGCUUGCUUGUUUGGCAAUGUUAGUGUCUGGAGGGAUUGUAUUGCAAAUACUGGCAUGUGCUUUGUAUAAUAACUGGUGGCCAAUGUUGACAGUUAUAAUGUAUGUCACUCUGCCUAUGCCUUUGAUGUUCUUUGCCGGUUCAGAUACUUCCAGUCUCUACACCGAAUCUGGAAGCUGUUGGCUAAAUGCAACUAAGUUCUUGACUGGAGCAUCCACCGUUGGCAGCAUUGCAAUUCCGAUCAUCUUAAAACAUGCUGGUGUAAUUGGUUGGGGAGCCAUGGCAUUGGAGCUUUCAUCCUUUUUCGUUUUUGUACUGUCCAUCUUGUGUUAUCUUGGGAUGAACGAAGACGAUGGCUACAGUAUGUUCUGAGAUUGGCAUUCUGCUUCCUGCUUUGUUUGUGUUCAACAGAAUAUCAAGCCUCAACUUUGCAUACUCGGCGACCAUGCCUCUUGUUGUUAUGUUUUGUAGAUAGAAACAUUGUUAUCUGUAAAUUCUUGGCUGUUAUAAGUCAAACAUAUCCCAUGCGUGCUGUGCUGCAUUUGAUUAUUUAUAUUUCUUGCAGGAUGAAUUCAUUUUUAUUGAUUGAAAUUUCAUUUGUGUAAUUGGAGAAUGAAAGAAAUGUCCCAAUUUGUGAGAA